CUUCAGCUUCACAGGUCGUAAAGAAGGGGAGCAAGAGGGAGAGGUAAAGGAUAACACUGGCACAUGCUGGAGAGGGAACGACGACAGGAGGUGAAAAAAGAGAGAUUGUGUUCAGUUUAGUGCUUUUUUUUAAGAGAAGGACGUCAGGAAGUGAAGCAGUGAGGCAGGAGUGAGGCAGGAGAGAGGUCUUCAGGAGUGGGGUUACCCAGCAGUGGGAGGUUUCUCCAGGGAGGUUAUAGUCAUCCUCAGCACGACCCCUUCCUCUCCUCCACUGGGAGUCAGACGCCCGGGAUACAGAACCAUGGAGCCCUCUGAUUUGACCGAGGUCGAAGGGGAGGCCAAGGAUAGGAAGAAGAUCCAUUUUGCUAUGCCGACCUCUGUGCCCACCAAUCUGGACCCUCGGCAAGUGGAGAUGAUCCGACGCAGGAGGCCAACGCCUGCCACACUGUUUAGAGUAGCCGACCAAUCAUCUCCUGAUGAUGACCAGUCCACCCAUCAGUCGGUCGUAGGAGAGAACGGAGUGCUGAAACCAAAACGUGUCAAUCCAAACGUGUAUCAGCCUCCAUCACUCAAAGCUGUGCAGAAGAUGGCCGAAGCACAAAUGCAGAACCUAGGUAUCUACCCCCCUUUGGAAGAGCCUUGUGAAGGGGAGGAGGAUUGGGACCACUGGCAGAGAGAGAGAGAGGAGGGAGAGGACACAUCUCCCACCAACACUGCUGAUCACCAAGAGACGGCGACCACUGAGCGCUCAGUCAAGUUCUCCGACGUGAGAGAGACGGCCAAGCAGAUCCAUGCAGCACCGGAGGAGGAGAAGGAGGAGGAGGAGGAGGAGGAGGAGGAGGAGGAGGAAGAAGAAGAGGAGGGGAACAGAAUCAAAGAGACAACAGAGGAGAACAGUCGGGGGAGUAACUGAGAGAGAGAGAGAGAGAGAGAGUGAGAGAGGAUGAAAGAGGGAGAGAGAGAGGUUGGGUAAACUGGGGAGAGAGAGGUGAGCAGAUGGGUUUGUGCUGCUUUGUGGUCGUGUGAAGACGAGUGAGGAAGAGGAAGAUACUUCCAUGGAAUCCAACAUGAGAGCAAAUAUCAUAGAUCCCUGUACUGCCUCCCCUCUAAAGGUUGAAGGUACCGGGGGAUGAAAGAGAGCACAGAGAGGCAGUUUGUGUAUGAGCAGGUGAGGAAUGAUCUACAGGCUCUUUGGCCCUAAUGACUGACAGGGGUCAACGAGGUCAACGUGACCGAACACCAGUCGGGCCAGUCCUCCCUCCGCCGUGACGCUUCUUCUGCAGGCCUAAAUGUUCCUUGAGGGAAAAUAGUUCCACAAUAAUCUGACUAGCACACGUAUAAACUCUCUUGGAUACAACCUUUUCUAAAGUACUUGAAGGUCUUUAAAUGAGUGAGAUACACUCUAUACGCUUUAUUUAGAAACGUCUCCGUUCUGAUUCGCAGCAUAUUCAAUGUUGAGAUUAAAUGUACAAGCGCUGCCAUCUCGUGGUAGAAGUUUGAUCACAGUUUAAAGUGAUACUCCAACCAAUCCAGCAGAUUGUGGUGCUUAAUAUUCUCAUGAAGUGAAAUCCAGUGAUAUGUGUGUUAUGGUCAACAUUUAUUUAAAGUAUUUUAAUUGGGUAAUUGUCUCUCUAUAGAGCAGUUUAUACUGGGAGUCUGCCUGAGGGAUUCAAAUGACCUAAAAAUAAAGGACUCACAUUGUGACGUGUAAUUCUUUAUUACCGUUUUUUAAAUGAUCUCUGAUUGGUAUCAGCCUAACUGUUUACUUUUCACUCUCAUAACACUGUAUCAGAGGUGUGUGUUAAAUUACCACACUGAGGUCUUAUGGAUUAUAACUUUAACCUCUGGACUGCUUGAGGGAGAUCUGCAGAUGUAAUCGAUUUUAAUUAAUGUAUAAAUUGAUUCCUCAGACCAUUUAUUGAUCAUAAUCUGCUUCUAUUCUGCCGUUUAGUUGCAUCUUCUAAAAUUCAAUCUCUUGUAAAAAGAAAGAUGGCAGAAAUAUUUGGAGUAUCACUUAAGAAAUCCUUUCUUUGUGUGUGUUAUUGUGUUAAAUCCAUGAGCAAGUGAGUGUUUAGGAUAUUUCAUACCACAGUAUGCUUAUAAAUAAAUCUUUAAAGGGCAAAGCUACCUCUAAUUAGUUUGAAAUACACCACCCAAUCGUUGCCUCCAUGUGUCACACAUCUGAACUGGAUUCUUUGCGAAUUUAGGAGUCAAGAAACUUGAUUUAAAAUCCAAUAUUGUUGACUUAUUUCGGAUUUGUUCGUGCUCAUGCAUUCCCUUUUGUAUGUUAACAAUUUUCUAUUGUCAUCUUUUUAAUUGUAUACAUAGAUCUGUUGUAAGAGCUAUUUUUCUAAUCUAAUGUCCAGUGUUUGGGUAGCAGAGCGCUGUCAAUGUUUCUAUACGGUUAAUGACGUUUGAACAAAAUGGUCACUGAAAAAUCUUUCUGACCUAUUUUGUUUUUGUCCCAGAUGCUCGCUUGUUCUCUCUUUUCUUCGAGUCAACAACAAUUCAUGAAUGCUUUUAGUCAGCUUCUAACUAAAGAUACAGGAUUUCAUGUAGAAGAAGGUUUCCAGUUGUGACACAGGAUGAAUAAACCUUGUUGUUUGUAUUAUUUGGGCUGCAGUUUGCAUAUAAAAACGGUAUGAAACUUUGACCUCUGACCUGCCCAAAUAGUGGGAUGACUGGACGCGACUGUGUAGCCGAUGGCGUCCUCCCUUCUCUCUGUUCACCUCCCCUUUCCACCUGGGUCAGAAGAAAUCAACCAAGGGAAGACAUGUAUGAACUCUAAUGCUUAGUCUGUCUUUAUUUUUAUUUCAUUUUUCUCUAUUCUCUUGUUUCUCAAUGUAAUGUGGUUGUUUUUAAAGUGUGCAACAAUAUGAUAUCAAAAUAAACCGUAUUUCCUUUCUCCUUUGAAUUGAACCGAAAGUAAGGAAA